UGUGCGUUUCUCUCUCGAGCGCCUCUCGCGCUCGCCCCUCCUGCGCUCGCUCUUUUUUUACCCUCACCUCCUUUUCUCCUCUUCUCUCCCCUCUCUCCAACUAGGGCUCCUUUCCUAGAGUGCUUGUUGUCUCUGCCCCCCUCGAUCCUUGUCCCCCUUUCUCCCCCUUCCCCUCUGGGGGGUGUGUGGCAACUUUUCCCCCUCGCUUCUCCUCCUUCUGUUUCCCCUUAUAUGUGACCAUGGCAGUGCCGGCGGCUUUGAUCCCUCCGACCCAGCUGGUCCCCCCUCAACCCCCGAUCUCCACUUCUGCUUCCUCCUCUGGCACCACCACCUCCACCUCCUCGGCGACCUCGUCUCCGGCUCCAUCCAUCGGACCUCCGGCGUCGUCUGGGCCAACUCUUUUCCGGCCGGAGCCCAUUGCCUCUUCUGCUUCUUCUUCAGCGGCGGCCACAGUCACCUCUCCUGGUGGCGGCGGCGGCGGCAGCGGAGGCGGCGGUGGCAGCGGCGGCAACGGAGGCGGCGGCGGCGGGAGCAACUGCAACCCCAGCCUGGCGGCCGGGAGCAGCGGCGGCGGCGUUAGCGCUGGCGGCGGCGGCGCCUCCAGCACCCCCAUCACCGCGAGCACCGGCAGCAGCAGCAGUAGCAGCAGCAGCAGCAGUAGCAGCAGCAGCAGCAGCAGUAGCAGCAGCAGCAGCAGUAGCAGCAGCAGCUGCGGCCCCCUCCCUGGGAAACCCGUGUACUCAACCCCGUCCCCAGUGGAAAACACCCCCCAGAAUAAUGAGUGCAAAAUGGUGGAUCUGAGAGGGGCCAAAGUGGCUUCCUUCACGGUGGAGGGCUGCGAGCUGAUUUGCCUGCCCCAGGCUUUCGACCUGUUCCUGAAGCACUUGGUGGGGGGCUUGCACACCGUCUACACCAAGCUGAAGCGGUUGGAGAUCACGCCGGUGGUGUGCAAUGUGGAACAGGUUCGCAUCCUGAGGGGACUGGGGGCCAUCCAGCCCGGAGUGAACCGCUGCAAACUCAUCUCCAGGAAGGACUUCGAGACCCUCUACAAUGACUGCACCAAUGCCAGUUCCAGACCUGGAAGGCCUCCUAAGAGGACUCAAAGUGUCACUUCCCCAGAGAACUCUCACAUCAUGCCACAUUCUGUCCCUGGCCUCAUGUCACCUGGAAUAAUUCCACCAACAGGUCUGACUGCAGCUGCUGCAGCUGCUGCAGCUGCUACCAAUGCAGCUAUUGCUGAAGCAAUGAAGGUGAAAAAAAUAAAAUUAGAAGCUAUGAGCAACUAUCAUGCCAGUAACAACCAACAUGGAGCAGAUUCUGAAAAUGGGGACAUGAAUUCAAGUGUUGGCAGCAGUGGUGGUUCUUGGGAUAAGGAAACACUGCACUCUCCCCCAUCCCAGGGAUCUCAGGCUCCUGUUGCACAUGCCCGCAUGCCUGCAGCGUAUAGCUUUCCAGUUAGCCAUCCUCUCAAGCAUCUGCAGCACAGCCACCUUCCGCCAAAUGGACUGGAACUUCCUUUUAUGAUGAUGCCCCACCCUCUAAUUCCUGUCAGCCUACCUCCAGCAUCUGUCACCAUGGCAAUGAGUCAGAUGAAUCACCUUAGCACCAUUGCAAAUAUGGCAGCGGCAGCACAAGUUCAGAGUCCUCCAUCCAGGGUGGAGACAUCUGUUAUUAAGGAGCGUGUUCCCGACAGUCCGUCACCUGCUCCAUCUCUGGAGGAAGGCCGGAGGCCUGGUAGCCACCCAUCAUCACAUCGCAGCAGCAGCGUGUCCAGCUCCCCAGCGCGGACCGAGAGUUCUUCCGACAGAAUCCCUGUCCAUCAAAAUGGGCUGUCCAUGAACCAGAUGCUGAUGGGUUUAUCCCCAAACGUGCUUCCUGGGCCAAAGGAGGGGGAUUUGGCUGGUCAUGACAUGGGGCAUGAGUCAAAACGGAUGCACAUUGAAAAAGAUGAGACCCCACUUUCUACACCAACCGCAAGAGACAGCAUCGACAAACUUUCUCUAACUGGUCAUGGACAACCACUCCCUCCUGGAUUCCCAUCUCCCUUUCUGUUUCCUGAUGGCCUGUCUUCCAUAGAGACCCUUCUCACCAACAUACAGGGUCUCUUGAAAGUUGCCAUAGAUAAUGCCAGAGCUCAAGAAAAACAGGUCCAACUGGAAAAAACAGAGUUGAAGAUGGAUUUUUUAAGAGAAAGAGAACUAAGAGAAACACUUGAGAAGCAGCUGGCCAUGGAGCAAAAGAACAGAGCCAUCGUCCAAAAGAGGCUAAAGAAGGAAAAGAAAGCAAAGAGAAAACUACAGGAAGCACUAGAAUUUGAGACAAAACGCCGUGAGCAAGCAGAGCAGACCCUGAAACAAGCAGCUUCAGCAGACAGUCUCCGGGUCUUAAACGACUCCCUGACCCCAGAGAUAGAAGCUGACCGCAGUGGCGGGAGAGCAGAUGCUGAAAGGACAAUACAAGAUGGAAGACUGUAUUUGAAAACUACUGUCAUGUACUGAAUAUUUCCUGUUGAAGAAACCCGUCAUCUACUACAGAAGUCUGGAGGCAGACAUUCAUCGUUGGAAAGUUCAGGAAAUAAAAACAAAUUUCGUAUAAAAGAACUUCUUCAAUUUUAUGUGUUAAUGCUCUUUAUCAUUUAAGUAUUCCACAAAAGCAGAAAAGUUUCCUGCAUUGAGUUUUUUUUCACCUGUGGUUCAUACCGGAGACUGCGAAUGUUUAUACAUGUACACAUAUCAAACUUCUUACAGUUAAUAACUCACCUGUGCUGCUGGACACUUGUGUACAGAGUUAAAGACAGGUCUGAGGAAGACUGAGCUUUGGUUUGUUUUCUUUUUCUUCUUAAUGGAGUGAACCAUUUUUUUUCCCUCUUCCGACAGUUCUGUAACUGAGCACAUCAACAGACUUUGUAGCGGUGUUCACCCAGACUUACAGAAUUGUGUCCCACAGAAACCAGCAAGAAUAUAUGGGAUGAACUUUUAAGGGGCAUAAAGGAUUCUUUGGGGGGGGGAUGAAAGAAGUGAGAGUAUUCUGUUACAUACAAUUUUAAACUCUAUAAUUACAGGUUUUGUCCUGAAGACCUUUUUCAUAUACUUUCUGAAAGACCAACAAAUGGAUGUUAACAACUCAAUGAAAUUACAUUUUGCAUAUCUGAAAAAGAAGCAUUGAAUAUAAGCCAAACGGUUUCACUGAUGGUCUGUUUUUCUUAAAGAUAAAAUAUAUAUAUAAAUAUAUAUAUAUAAAAAAUAUAACAUGUUUUCAUUCCAAACUGGUAGUGGUAUAUAGGAUUAAAAAUAAUAAUGUUGCUUCUUAUUCAAAUUGUUGGUCACAUGUACAGUAUAUAAACAUAAAACUCACAGGAAGGUAUUAUGUAUGCAGUAGUAUACUAGCGUUUAGGAAAUGAAAAUUUUAGAAAAUAUGUUUUGUCACCCUGUUGGUCAGAAAGAUGUCUUUCUGGUUUUAACGCAUGCAGGCAUGUAAAUAUUUGUCUGGAGUCACAGUAUUAAUGAAUGAGCUCUUAUGCAUCUGGUGACAUCAGAACUCUGUGUCAGCCAUUUUUAUUUGUAUAUUGAUCCCUAGUGAGCGCCCCAAACUUCACAGAGGAUAAAUUGUGGCUGACGAGUAAAUCAAAACACCAGAGAUAUUUUUAUAUGUUAAUGUCAUAUUAUGUUAAUGUUGCUGAAAAACAAAAUUUAACAAGCCCUUGGUGUAUUGGUCCAAUACCAUGUAGCCCCGAGUGAUGAAGUUUAACUGUGCUGUGCUUCCCACCCCGUUCAGAGGGAAGGGGGGGAGGGCUACGUGUUAUUUUCACUGUCUUUUUGAAAGUUACAGUAUGUGUUUUCAUAUUUGUGCGUAUAACUGGAAGUAAAGCUGCAAACAAUGCUUAUCACAUGCUGAAGUUACUUUUGUUUAUACACAUUGGGAGUAACCCUACAAAAGGCUUUCAUGAAUCCGUGCAGUUGCUCUACACUUUAUGAUUUUUUUCAUCAUUUUAAAGUUUUGUGAUUAUAAUAUUUUA